AUGACUUCGUUUAACCUUCCCCCCAAUAUCUCCCUCGAAGGGAAAGCCGCCAUAGUGACUGGCGGUUCCCGUGGAAUCGGAGCUGGCAUUGCUCUGGAACUUGCUAAGCGCGGUGCCAAAGUUGCCAUUGUGUACCACUCCGAUAAAAGUACUCCGGCAGCUGAAAAAGUCGCAAGUCAAAUUAGCGAAUUAGGGAGUGCAGCCUGCUUGGUGCAAGUUGACCUUGCGACGCUUGACGCUGGACGUCGUGUUAUCGACCAGGCUUUGAAAGGACUCCAUGUCAGCAAGAUUGACAUUCUCGUCAACAAUGCUGCAUCAUAUCCUCCAUUUUUACCAGUCUUAGAACUGGAUGGGGCAUUAUUUGAUCAUGAAUACAUGGUCAACGUGCGUGCACCACAUCUUCUUGUGCAAGCUUUGCUCCCUCAUAUCGCCGAAAAAGAUGGCCGAGUAAUCAAUAUAUCGUCGGGACUAUCUCGUAUAGGUAUCAACAAUCUCUCCCUAUACGCAUCCACCAAGGCUGCUCUGGAAUGCUUGGGACGUCAGUGGGCGCAUGAACUCGCAUGCCCGUACAAAAUGACAGUCAACAACUUGGCCCUGGGUGAGAUUGACACUAGUGUCGAGGGAGGAGACAUUCCAGAUGAAUUUCGGGAUACACAGGUCAAUGGGCCGAGUGCGGCAAAACGUCACGGUACUGUUGGAGAGGUGGCUAAUGUUGUUGCCUUCCUAGCUAGCUCUGGUGCCAGUUGGAUCAAUGGAAACACGGUUUCAGUCAGUGGUGGCCAUGUUUACAUUUAG